UCUACUUUCUUUGUAACUCAGCAACUUGUUAUCGAAGAAAAAUGGUGAUUACCAUUUUUGAAAUGGCUUGGCGCUAAGCAUUAGUGUGAUCGGUAUCCUAAUUACAGGAGCAAUGGGUGGCAGAAUCGGAAAACAUAAUGUCAUCAGAGAACAUUGCUUCUAUAUUAAUUAGAUUUGCAGCACUUUGUACUGGAACAGCUAUUUUGACAAGACUGCAAAACAGGGAAGACGCAGAUACAAAGGAAUCAACGACUACAGAACAUUUGGAUUAUUCACAAGAUAUGUCGAAAAAAGAUUCUACAUCGUUGCCCAGAUACUUAGAUGGAGAUGAGGCUUCCCAAGUAAAUGUAGUUGAUGAAACAGAGAAUACAGAAAUGCAUUCAGAAAUCCACCCAAGUGAAGACUCGCCUAAUAAACAAAAAUACGCGGGAAACCCCCCGGAAAAUGACGAUGAAGACGACAAGUCAAUCGGAGCUAUGAGUUUGCCAGACACCAUUAAUCUGAAAUUACCGACACAAUCUGAUGAAUCUUUAUCGAUUUCAGUGCUCAGCAGAAAAGACGACAAGCCAAAUAUUUCCCAUGAAACUUCUAAAACGGUCGAUUUGAGCGAUGAAAAAAAUCACCAAACAGAUGCUGGAAAUCAACCCAUGAAUAUUCAUAAUAACGCGUCAAUACAAGUUGGCAAACUAGAGUCAAGUUCAGGAAGAAGCGAUGAUAGUGAAGUAGAAACCGAAAAUGAGCCGAUGGUCGAAAAAUUCCUCUCUUUCAUUGAUGAGAAAGCAUGUCAAGAUGGAGCACUCAAUUCUGUCGAAUCCGAGGACGGUGGAAUUGGUAUAUCAUUGAAUAAAGUAGCUAAGAUUAUGCAAGAUAGCAUUAUCAAUGAAGAGAAUUUUGAUUGCCGAGUGAAAGUUGAAGAAAUUCAUGAAUAUAAAAAUGUGGAUAAAUCACUAUCUAAACAAGAUUCGAAUGAUUCAGGCACCAAAUGUGAUCAAGUUGCUAAUGAUAGCCCAAACGGUGAGUAUGUUACUGAUAGCACUUCUUCCAAACAGAAAGAAAAAAGAAAUUCUUUUUCCGUUCUUGAUAACGAUCCAUUGAUGAAAGAGGAUUCAUGUGUUUCGAUGGCAACGGACGCUGAAAAUUGUGAAAAAGGAGCUUCAAGCGUUGAAGUCCGAAAAAAAUCACCUGCGAUGGAAAGGAGUGGAGGUACAAAACGAGCAUAUGAUACUAAAAAUGAAAUGUUUUCUCCAGUUCAACCUGUCAGUUUCCCCAGCUCUAUUCAAAUUGAAACACCCAGUUGUAUCAUUGCUCCAGAAGGAACUUCAACAAUUACGUCAAACAUACAGAAUGCUGACAAUGAAACAAAGCAUCCCGACAACUGUGAAAUACUGGAUAAAAAUGGCAUCAAUGAAGAUCAAGUUCCCACUUCUGGGUUGGAAGAGGUCAUCCCAAAAGUUGACCAAAUGAGACAAACGAAUUUGAAAAAGGAGUCUGAUGUAUUCAAGAAGACAAAAAGUUAUGACGAAAGUAAUACUAUUGAUGUCAAUUCGAAUUCAAGUAAUUUUCCCAACAUUCCAUCGAAUAUCAACAGCUCUGACCUCGAACCAUCAAACCUCAAAUCCAAAACCAGGUCAGACCACAAAAUUGGUGAAUCUCUCGCCAAAGGUAAUUCCGAUCAUGACACCUCAUCCUUUAUAUCUGUAACUCCGUCGUCAUAUAGCAGCAAUUGUUCCGUUUGCCAAGAUAUUGUGAAACAUCAGGGAGAGAAGGGAAAUGAGAGCAGUGAAAGUAGUGAGUACACAAGCAGCUAUGAUAGCGAUGAUUUGAAUUCAGCCUUUGCACAGGCUCUUGACCAAUUGCCUACUGAUGACGACAAGGUAUCUGCUUACAUUGAAAAGAAUUUAUCUGCGGGGGUAGAGAAAUUGGAAACAUCGACGUUGGAACACCCUCAUAAUUCUGCUGUGAGGUUUACUGGCGUUUCUCGGCUUCAGCAAAAGGCCGUAUCUCCUCUUCCGCAAUCGCCGUGGCCAGGAAAGAAAAGUCGUCAAGGUUCUUCCGCCAGUGGCGAAGGAAUUGACUCAGCCUUUGGUAAACCACAAGAAAGUGAAAAACGCAGUAGCAGUAAUGCAGCAAACGAGAAAGACACUGAAGUGAAGCCCGCAGAAACCACAAAAACAUCGCAAGUUGAAAGCCCACCAAACGUGGAAAAAAAGCUUGAAACACACAAAUCCACCAAGCCGGGAACCAGUUCUACAAAGAAAUCCAACGCUCCAUAUGUUGUAACCUACCAGUCCAUGGAUGCAACACGAGUCACUCCCACAAAAGCCUGCUUGAAAGCACGACUUUCAUUUGAGUCUAGUCAAGCAAGACCUUCGCUGCAGAGUGAUGCAGUUGGGAAUCUGAUAAUAUUUGUUAGAAAGAGCGAUGGACCGGAAGAAAUAACAAGUGCUGGUAAAAGCUCUGUUUAUGUAAAGAUAAAUAUAUUGAGAUCUGACAAGAAAAGCACUCAGUUUCGAGGAAAAACAGGAUUAGGAAAUAUUGCAGGAAGAACCGUUGUUUGGGAUAAAGAAUUAACGAUUCGAAACGUUCCUAACGUGUUGUUGAGUGGAGCGAUAUUCAGAAUAUCUUUGAUGAAAAGAGAAACGUUCUCAGAUAAAACCAUAUCAAAAAUAGAAGUCGAUUUUCAUAGACAAGAAAGGUUUAGUACGGAAGGUGGCGAUGUCACGUCAACUGCAGAAUGGUUGAUAAUACGAAGACAACCGAUUGAAGCAAAACUGAAUCUCAUUUAAAACUCAUCUUAAUUAAACUUAAUAUUUCUCUUCAUAUCUAGCUAUUUCUGAAUAACUUAAGCCUGCGGUUUUUAAAAAAAACAAGAGUUUUUUAAUCAAGGAAAGAUAAUAUUUAUCGGAGGAAAUAUCGGACUUAAGCAAUGUACUCCAAGGAGAUUGUAAUCAAAUAUUUACUAGUGUUAUUAGAAUAUUAUUUUAUUGUCGUUUAAUGUGUGAUUGAUUACCUUAUUCCGAGUAUCCUUGUAACCUAACGCCUAACGAUUCUAAAUUGGAUUCAAAGGAGAGUUAGUGAAAAUUGGUUUCUCGUCCCGCCACCGCGAAUUAAAAUAUAUAUAUAUAAUUAUGUUAAUUAGAUCUUUGAAUAUUGUACAGUACUGGACUACGCUUGAUUCAAUUUUUAAUAAUGUUAAUAAAAAGUUUACAGACAUCCUUGGAGUUCCAAAUCCAUUUAUAUUUGUUUUACUACUGGCUUGAGGAGCUUCAAGUCUCGUAGUAUUACAGUACCGAGCAAAGAUACACAAUGAAGUUACGAGGCAAAAUAUCUUGUUAAUUUGCAAUCCCUAUAAUUUUAAUCUAUCAAAAUUGGAGGUUGUAUUAGAUGUCAAGAUUUAACAGGCGUACUUCCACUUGGUCAACGCCAUUGCUGCAAAGUUCGGUAAAUCUUGAGUUUGGAUGUGGCAGUUGAAGAAAAAUCUCAGAAAAAAACGCUGCAAGACCUCCUUGUGGGUAUUUUAUUGAAUAUUUGUAUCGUAAAUUUUACCAUUGGUUUUGCCUGUCGUUCCGUCGUUCCCUUUCUGUUUUAAUUUACACAUCAAGCAAUACACAGG